CUCUUUCUCACUCACCACUCUUCCUUUCUCUUCCCCAUCACUCUCUCUUUUCUCUCUCUCCUUUUUCUCAUCCUCCAAUCAAAAACACUUUCACUUUUCUCUGUACUACAAUCUUAGCUUCUUCUUCUUUCUACAACCGUCACAUUCUAACCACCUUCUCCUUUUCUUCUCUGCAAUUCAUUCAGAGCAAUUCUAUCCUCAUCUAUUCUUCUUAGCUACCAACCCUUACAAUAGAUACAUCAUUUCCUGCAGACCUUUUUCUGGGUUUUCUCAAAAUUCAUCCCAUAUUACUGGGUUGUCUUUUUUCUUGUGAAAAGCAAGGAUUUUUCCCCUGACAUGUUCAUGGUUAUGGAUUCCACUGAGAGGGGUUCAGAAAGGUGCUUAGAUUCUCAACUAUGGCAUGCCUGUGCUGGUGCCAUGGUUCAAAUGCCACCUCUCAACACAAAAGUCUUCUACUUUCCACAGGGCCACGCAGAACACGCUCAUGGGAAAGUGGAUUUUGGCCAAACACGUGUUCCACCACUCAUCCCUUGUAGACUCUCUGCUAUGAGAUACAUGGCAGACCCUGACACAGAUGAGGUGUAUGUGAAAAUGAGGUUGACCCCUUUGAGAGAACAAGAAUUGGACAGGGAAGAUGAUUGUUUCUUUGGAAACAAUGGAGUGGAGGGUCAAGAGAAACCACCCACCUCUUUUGCCAAGACACUGACACAAUCUGAUGCCAACAACGGUGGAGGAUUCUCUGUGCCUCGUUACUGUGCGGAAACAAUCUUCCCAAGGUUGGAUUAUUCAGCUGAACCUCCAGUUCAGACCAUCAUUGCAAAGGACAUGCAUGGACAAUGUUGGAAAUUCAGGCAUAUCUAUAGAGGGACACCUAGGAGGCAUCUUUUGACCACUGGAUGGAGCAAUUUUGUGAACCAAAAGAAGCUUGUUGCUGGUGAUUCUAUUGUGUUUCUGAGGGCAGAAAAUGGGGAUCUUUGUGUUGGGAUAAGGAGGGCUAAGAAGGGGAUUGGUGGUGGAACUGAGUUUUCUUCUGGUUGGAAUCCUCUCUUUGGUGGGGGUUCUGGUUUCUUGUGUGGUGAGAGCAACUUGGUGAGUGGUAGAAAAGGUGGUGAUGAGAUGGUGGGAAGAGUGGCUGCUGAAUCUGUUGUUGAGGCUGUGACUAGUGCUGUUAAUGGUAGGCCCUUUGAGGUUGUGUACUAUCCAAGGGCUAGUACUCCAGAGUUUUGUGUUAAGUCUUCUGCUGUGAAGACUGCAAUGCAAAUUCAGUGGUGUUCUGGGAUGAGAUUCAAAAUGCCCUUCGAAACUGAGGAUUCUUCUAGGAUCAGCUGGUUCAUGGGAACCAUAUCUUCUGUUCAAGUUUCAGAUCCCAUUCGUUGGCCUGAUUCUCCUUGGCGCCUUCUGCAGGUGGUGUGGGAUGAACCAGAUUUACUUCAAAAUGUGAAGUGUGUAAACCCUUGGUUGGUUGAACUAGUCUCAAACAUGCCUACUUUCAAUAUCUCUCCAUUUUCACCUCCGAGAAAGAAACAACGGUUUCUACAAGACCCAUAUUUUCAAGUCAUCAAUCAACUUCCAGUGUCAUCAUUCUCUAGCAAUCUUCUCAAUUAUACAAACCCUCUAUGUAACAUUCAAGAUAAUAAUAGUUCUGCAGGCAUACAGGGAGCCAGGCAUGCUCAAAUUGGACUAACUCCAUCUGAUUUUCCCUUCAACAAGCUUCAACCAGACAUGCUUCUAGGUGGGUUCUCAAGGCUUGACCAUGCAGCACAACCUAUUAGGCCUCCUUGUAGAACCUACAUGAGCAACACAACUAAGACCAAUGUUGAUAUAACUUGCUUGUUGACUGUGGGAAGUCCUGGCCAAAGUUUUAAGGAAUCCAAUGAAGUAGCGAAAGCACCCCACAUUUUGUUAUUUGGAAAACUCAUCCACACUGAGCAAAAGAGUUCAAACACUUGCUCUGCUACCACAACUGGCAAUAGUGCAUCUGAAGGGAAUUCACUGAAGACAUCAAAUGCUUCCGAUGGCCUUGGUUCUGCUUUGCAUCAAAGUAGUCCAAUUGAGAACAAUUCUGAUGGAGGGUCUCCCUGGUACAAGGAUCAACACAAGUCUGAUCUUGGAACCGAAAAUGCUAACACAUUAUGUAUGGCUUUAUAACAAUUCUAUCUAUUUUCAGUUGCUGUGCCAGUGAGUUCUUGAAGACGUCAAUGCGGCUAACUAUUCUUAACACAUUUCAGUAACAAAAGUGUUUCUAUGUUGUAUAGGUGCUGAUUUUCCUUUGGAAUUCAGGUGCAAGUUAACAAAAAUAUUCCCCAUUUGAUUCAGAAAAAAAUAAUACUUCAUAAACAUCAUAGCUACUAUGUGUUACCACUGAGGGGCAAUAUUUUCUUUAACUUGCGCUAAACUGAAGUUCUAUCUCCUGCUAAAUUUCUUUAAUGAGGGAGAAUCCCUUUUCCAAUUAUGAGAUGAUGUAACUCAUGAAUUUCUAUCAAGGAAUCUUAUCCUAGAGUUUGUCUUUGUUUUGAUACAAUAUUGAAGUUUCUAUUA